AUGCUUCUUUUCACCAUCAUUUUUUCCGUCCUCACUAUCUGGGGAACGGUAGCGCCAAUACCCCAUACCGACGUCCACCCUCAGGAAAGUUUUGGACGACGAUUCCUAUCGACUUUUAAACCAGCGUUUAUGGUGAGAGGAACGCUCGAGGGCGUCGAGUUAGUUGUAUGGCUUUUUGACCCAGACCCUUGCAGUGUCUUCCCGUGGCGCAGACGCGCGCUCAGACUUGCUCGGGAGGCCGAACUAGCUCGUCUCGAAGCUCUCCACUCUCUUCACUAUCUCCAAGACUUCGAUUUGGAUUCGGCAGCGAUGCAGGUGGCCCCUGUCCCCAACCCGACUCGCACCCUUCCUGUCCCGUCUCGUGUUGUCCGCGUGGAGAGCGAGUCGCCCGCCAUCACCUCUCGUACCGACUUCGGCUUCAAGUGGGGUCAAGUCAUCUGCAUCGUUGUGGCUUUGGUGUCCUCCUUGGUCAGCGGACUGAGCUUCGUGCUCUUCCAAGCGGAGGAAUUGACCUCGAACCUAGGUAGCCGCUCGAAGGUAGAUCGACGCCGUGUGUCUGUCGCUGUCCGAGCCAGUUCCGGUGACCUCACUGUAGGGUUUACUACGGGGCUGGACUCUGUGGCUGACUUUAUCGGUUUGUCGGCUUUGCCUUCAAUGAGCACCGAAAGCUUGGUUGAAGAUUCUCCUGUGGAGUCAUCCACCAACGCUGACGGUAAUCGCUAUACAGGCUGGGAACUCGUUCCAUACACUGACAAACCCUUGCGCGGAGUUGUUCCAGUCAUAAUCGUCCCAAAGUCAACCCCAGAGGGAACGGAAAGGCAAGCCUUGGUGGAGCAACGGGAGAAGCCAGCUCUCUCCGGAGGGCUGACUUUUAACCCCUUUGUUCUCCAGGAGCUCGACCGUCACUUCUGGGCGACGCUGCGGGCCCAGCAGCAACUCUACCCUCCGGCGCAACCCCAAGGUGUAAUGGCGUCGAGUGCCGAGUCUACCCUUUCAACAACAACAGACUCGGCCCCUGUCCCAGAGGAACCAGUUGGUCCUCCAGCGGUGGUAUCCUCCAAGGAGCUCUCGCAUGCUGUUCCACCAGUUGAAGAACAGCGACAAGAACCCUCCGAGGCUCCAGUGGAGGUACCAGCAACAACCGUGGAGGAGCCCAACACCCCACCAGAGUCCGCCGUCGCCGUCACCGUCACCGUCCCAGGAAGCGGCAACGACAACGGCAACGAGGCUAUGCUGCCUAAAGAGGAGCGGCAGAAAGACGGGCCGCAAACCGAGUCCCUUGGGGAGGCUGGCGAAGCGGGCCCGGCAAAGACAUCCUCACGAAACCGGCCGUCCAAAAAGACCCGCCGACGGCGGGCUCGAGCACGCCUGCUCGACGCCCAAGACGAGGCUAUCCGCAAAGCUGAGGAGCAGAUCCGUGUCUCUUCUACCUCAGCGGGCCAGUCUUGA